AUGGCUAAGAUUGCGUCUGGAGGGACCACCGUUCCCCCGAACAUCUUUGCCCGCAACCUCACCAAACCAUCCGUCGAUUUCAAGGAUCCGGCAGAGUCGGGCACCUCGUCCGCCGAGCCCUCGCUCGAGAACCCCUCGGCAGGCGAGUCCGAGGCCAUGGAGAUGGAGACCAAGACCUCCUCGGCGGACGAGGCCAAGGCAAUGCAAAUUGACGAGGCUCCGCUUCUGCAAGACUGGCACGACCAGUAUCUCGACUGGAUCAACCGAGAGGUGCUACCCUCGGAUCGCGCUCAGGCGAGGCGCAUCGCCAGGCAGGCCAAGUCUUUCGCCGUGAUCGACAGGGAACUAUACAAGCGCAGCCCCUCGGGAGUCCUACAACAUUGCAUCCCCAUUCCCGAGGGUAGGGACCUGCUUCGGGACAUCCACGCCGGAGCCUGCGGCCAUCACGCGGCGCCACGCACCCUUGUAGGAACGCAUUCAGGCAGGGCUUUUACUGGCCCAUAG